UGUUCCAAGUUGUGUAGUUGUUUGCUCAGAGACAGAGAGAGAGAGAGCAGUCAAUUUCAAUGACGAACUAUGUGAGGGUGAUGCUGAGAGAAAAAGAGAAAGAGAUGGGAGCAGGGAGUCUGAUGAACUAUGCAGUAGAGAAGUCCAAGGAAUUGCCAGCGGUGGUAGGGAACAUGGGCGCUGAUUUGAUGGGUAAGGCGGAGGAGAAGUGGAAGGAAUUGGCGCCGAACAUGGGCGGAGAUUUGAUGGGUAAGGUGGACGAGAUGUUUCCACCAGAGACUAUAAAAGAGCAAAUCCAACGUUUCAUCCAACAUUUGAUCCAAGUUUGUCAACAUUUGAUCCAAGUUUGUCAACCUUAUAUCAUCCCCGCCAUAGCUGCUGGUGUUCUGAUCAUCCUCCUUUGUUGUUGCGGUGCAUUGUUUAUCAACAUAAUUAUCCUAAUAAUAAAGUUUGUCUUUAAUAUAAUAAAGUCUGUCGUUUGUUGUUUUGGCCGCGGCACUAUCCUAAUAAUAAAGUUUGUCUUUAAUAUAAUAAAGUCCGUCUUUUCUUGUUUUGGCCGCGGCACUGUCUCUGGUGGGAAGGCAAUUAAGAUGAUGAUAGCUCCCGGGACCAGAGGGGCUCGUGUGAUAGUCAGGUCUGUCUUUGAAAGCAACCCCGCUGCUUACUUUAGUGGUCUCCGAGGAAGGUAGUGAUGAACAUGAACAUGAUCAUGAAAUUCUCUUGUAAUAACAACCCUUGUGUUUACUUGUUUGAACUAAGUAUGUUUGCUCUGUUAAUCUAUAGUUUUGUCUGUUUUUCUUGUUUCCCAUGCUCACUAACCAUGUGGAAAGGUUUGGAUCAACUCUUUAUCUGUAAAUGUUACAUAUGGUAUGUGUUUAAGGUAUAACUCUGAUAUGAUGAUCACAAGUUGUCUUUAUUUACAAUGUAUUCGGCUUUAGUUUUGGAUUAUUUCAUCAUCUUCAUGAACCA